AUGGAAGAGGCGGCGGCGGCGGCGGCACUGGUCCAGCACCAUCCAUUGCUCACGCCGAGCCCGAGCCCUGCCCAGCAGGAGGAAAUGGAUGAAAGGACAGCCCUUUGCAAACUGAGGAAUAGACAAGGAUCUAGCAACUUCUCAUCAGCUGCUUUUAAUGUUAUCAACUCUAUUAUUGGAUCUGGUAUGAUAGGCCUGCCCUAUUCUUUGAAGCAAGCUGGCUUUCCACUGGGAAUAUUGCUCCUAUUGGGUGUUGCUUGCAUCACAGAUUAUUCUAUUAUACUGUUGAUUAAAGGAGGGCAUCUGUCUGGAACCAACAGCUAUCAAGCACUGGUCAAUAAAGCUUAUGGCUUUGUAGGGCACCUCAUUCUUUCCGCUCUCCAGUUUUUAUAUCCUUUUAUUGCCAUGAUUAGCUACAACAUUAUAACAGGAGAUACUUUGACGAAAGUUUUCCAAAGAAUUCCUGGAGUUGGUCGAGAUAAUUUAUUUAUUGGUCGCCAUGUCCUUAUUCUGUGUGUUACCAUCAUCUUCACCCUUCCUCUUUCUCUUUAUCGAAAUAUAUCAAAACUGGGGAAGGUAUCGUUUAUCUCUAUAAUUUUAACGAUUGUCAUCCUGGUUAUUGGGAUUAUAAGGACAAUAACAUUUAGUUCACAGAUAUCCCAGUCAGAAAAUCCUUGGGUGUUUGCAAAGCCAAAUGCAAUACAAGCCAUUGGAGUGAUGUCAUUUGCAUUCAUUUGCCAUCACAACAGUUUUUUAAUUUAUGGCUCUCUGAAAGAACCCACCCUGAGGAAUUGGGCUCACAUCACACACGUGUCUGUUCUGUUUGCCGUGUUUGUCAGCUUGGUGUUUGCUACAUGUGGAUAUGUGACAUUCGGAGAAUAUACAGAAGGAGACAUAUUUGAAAACUAUUGCAAAGAUGACGACCUUGCUACGUUUGGAAGGUUUUGUUACGGAAUCACUGUCAUCCUAACUUUUCCAAUAGAGUGUUUUGUUACCAGAGAGGUAGUCGCAAACGUGUUUUUCAAUGGGAACCUUACAACCCUUUUCCACAUUAUUUUGACAGUGAUUGUUGUUGCUGUAGCUACAAGCAUUUCCUUAGUGUAUGAUUGUCUGGGAAUAGUAUUAGAGCUAAGUGGAGCGCUCAGUGCAACUCCACUGGUCUUCAUUCUGCCUGCAGCCUGUUAUCUGAAGCUCUCUGAAGAGCGAUGGACCCAUUUGGAUAACCUUCUCUCUGGGCUGAUCCUUGCGAUUGGUGUCCUAGUGAUGAUAGUUGGCUUUGUUAUGACUGUCCUUCAUCCCCAGGAAUGUAGUCAUGGAAAAGAAAUGCCCUACUGCUUCCUUGGAAACUCCUCCCUUGAGAAUAAUACAGUUCCAUCUUCUCGGCAUCUUUACCAACCCUAA